CUUUUUACAUUCAAAAUAAAUUCCUACUCACGCCAGCCGUCGCAGCUACCGAUACAGAAUUCAGCCGUCGAUUCCCCCAAAAUUUCCUAAUUUUGGAAACCCUAGGCAACGGAGGUGGUGUAUAAUGUUUUUUUCUUGGUGAUCUGCUUUAUGGGCUUCACUGAUGCAAUAAGAUUGUUAUUUGCCGCUGCUGUUUGGUGUGCCUCUUACGCUUUGGUUGCAGUUCUUGGAGUCUUCCGGGCCUUUCUCUUUACUUCAAUCUGCGAUUGACUGUAGGUUUCUUCAGAAAUACAUACAAGGGAAACAAAGAGAAAGAUACCAUGGGCUAUGCGCAGCUAGUCAUCGGCCCUGCCGGUAGUGGGAAGUCUACGUACUGUUCUAGCUUGAAUCAACAUUGUGAAACUGUGGGCCGGUCAAUUCAUAUUGUGAAUUUAGAUCCUGCUGCAGAGAAUUUCGAUUAUCCUGUAGCGAUGGAUAUUAGGGAACUCGUUUGUCUGGAAGAUGUUAUGGAGGAACUUGGAUUAGGUCCAAAUGGUGGCCUUAUUUACUGCAUGGAGCACCUGGAAGAUAAUUUGGAUGAUUGGCUGACUGAAGAGUUAGAUAAUUACUUGGAUGAUGAUUAUUUAGUUUUUGACUGCCCAGGCCAGAUAGAACUUUUCUCCCAUGUACCUGUGCUUAAAAACUUUGUGGAGCAUUUAAGGCGUAAAAAUUUCAAUGUUUGUGUUGUCUACCUACUUGAUUCUCAGUUUAUAACAGAUGUGACCAAGUUCGUAAGUGGUUGUAUGGCUUCACUUUCUGCCAUGGUUCAACUGGAGCUACCUCAUGUUAACAUUCUCUCCAAGAUGGACCUUGUGACAAACAAGAAAGACAUUGAAUAUUACUUGAAUCCAGAACCUCAGACACUGUUGGCUGAGUUGAAUAAGCGCAUGGCUCCUCAGUUCGGAAAGCUUAACAAAGCUUUAAUCGACUUGGUGGAUCAAUACAGCAUGGUGAGCUUUAUUCCUCUCGACCUGAGAAAAGAAAGCAGUAUACAGUACAUUUUGUCGCAAAUUGACAACUGCAUUCAAUACGGAGAAGACGCGGAUGUGAAAAUUAAGGAUUUUGACCCGGAAGAUGAUUGAAGCCUUUCGUAUGAUGGCAAAGAAAAUCCUUGUAAUUUUGUUUUGCUAUUUGUUGAAAACUGUCUCUCUUAGUUUGGAAUUCUAACGCAUCUACAAUUUUUAAAGUGGUUUCAGCUUGACUGUUGCGUUGUGUCGAAACUCGAAUCUGCAACUUUACUAAUGACUAUUAUCUAAAAAAAUUAUCUUAUUAUUCCUUA